AUGACUGAGAACAGGGCCGCCAGUCAGAUCGGACACACGCGAAGAGAGAGCGGCGAGGCAGGAGUGAACAAGGGCAGUAAGUCGAGCGGUGGAUAUCCUUUGGCCGCGUUGGGUAGCGAGGAUUGGUGUAACCCGAGCCACGGAGGCGUGUUUUCUGACGGCCGACCGUCAGAGAGCUGGGCGCCGCGGCACCAGACCGCGCCGCCAGCGAGGCGAGAGCUGCAGCCGACCGGCCGGACCGGGCGCUGGCAUACCAGGGGGGGCAGGGUGGUGGGCGGCGACCGCCGCAUACCGUCCUACGGCGGGGACUAUCGCUACGCCAGGGAAGACAAGGGCGUCGAAGUGCAGCUGCUGCUGUUCGAAUCGUUCGGCGGGUUCGGAAAGGGGGUCCGUGAGAUCCUCAGGAAGGCGGCGGACGUACUACAGAACAAGCUGACGCGGGCCCAGUACCUCGAUGAGGUGACUUGGACCACCAAGAGCUGGCUGGGGCUGCAGAAGCAGCGCAUCUCAGUCGUUCUUCACACGGCAAUCGCAGAGCAGAUUGUGAAUGAGCUUGCCUGUGGCGGGGGUGGGCGGGUGCACGGAGCUAAGUGCCUCGCCACCCUCGCAGGAGUCGCUUAG